AUGAAUAAAGAAAUGUAUCUAGGUAUUUUGAAACACAAAUUAAUUGAAGCAGUGAAGAAUAUGCCUUAUCCGAUAAAUAAUGUAACUUUCCAGCACGACAAUGAUCCCAAACAUACCGCCAAGAUCCGUAAGAGGAUUGACAUUCUCAUUGGUAAUGACUAUUACUACAGUUUCCUAUUAAAUGAGAAGUUGAAGAUAAAUGAACACUUAUACUUGGUUGAUUCCAUCUUUGGCUGGAUAUGUUCAGGUGUGCAACGGAAUCUCAAGAAUGAGUAUGUACAGGUGAUAACAUAUAUGCAGAAAGAGACUCCUAUGAUGCCGUCUCCUGACCUCCCUUUAAAAGAGAUUCAAAGUCAAAGCAAAAUAAUCUUUAUUUAA